CUUCCACUCUUCAUCUCUACCCGCCCCCCCCCACCCCCCCCCCCCCCCCCCCGCCUCUCUCUCUCUCUCUCUCUCUCUCUCUCUCGCGCUAGAAAAAAUGAUGGGCUCUCUGGGGUUUCAAGCUUUGGUGCUUGUGCAGCUUUCGGUGCUCUCACUGAGCUGCCUCAGUGUCUAUGGAGAGGAAUUUUACCAACACUACCCCCACCCUCCGAGUGUCGCCCCCCAUCUCCCUCCUGCCCCCCUCCACGGUGGCCACCACCACCACCACCACCACAAGCACCACCCCAGCUUCCACCACACGCCCACCCCAGCGCCGGCUCUAGCCCCUCAUCGCCACGCCCCGUCUCCGCACUAUAACCAACCGGCCCACCCUCCAGCCCGUCCACCGGUUCAUCCUCUCCCCCCUGCUCAUCCCCGGGUCCCCCACUUCCUCCCAAGGAAGCUCGUCGCCGUCCAAGGCGUUGUCUACUGCAAGCCCUGCCAGUACGUAGGCUCCAACACCCUCACCGGAGCUUCACCCCUUCUUGGUGCCACCGUGAAGCUUGAGUGCAACAACAGCAGGAUGCCCGUAGUAGAGGAGGCCAAGACCGACAAGAACGGGUUCUUUUUCAUUCAUGCGCCCAAGAGCGUCACCACCUUCGGCGCCCGCAAGUGCAAGGUGUUCCUCGUUUCGCCUCCGGCGGACUCCCCGUGCACCCGCGCCACCAACCUCCACGACGGCUCUUACGGUGCCGUCUUGGACCGCUUGGAGAAGCCCCCGCAUGGUGACGUGGCGCAUCUUCCCUAUGCUCUCUACACCGUCGGGCCCUUCGCCUUCGAACCGGCGCCGGCCCACCCCGGCAAGUGUCCCCGUUGAUCGGUCUGCGUGCAGGCGUGCAGCUGGAGCUAGGCUUGUCUACUCGAUCGGUCGCAGACUUGGUGUGACAAUAAUUAGCGUGAUGUUCCAUAAAGUUGUCUAGCUGGGACUUUUGGGUCUUUUGAGGGUUUGUUUAAUUAGUGUUAAUUACCUGUUUGGCUUCUGUUUCUGUUUUUUUAUUUUUAUUUAUUUUUGGUUUCGUUUUAUGAAUAAUGCGCAAUUAUUAAAAUAAUUUAUUUGUA